CGGGCGCCGCUUCGGGGAACCGCGCCGCGGCCUGCGCCGCUGCUGAGCGUGCGCGAAGCCUUCCCGCGCAUGCUCCCUGCGCGCCGAGCUGCAAAUUCUGAAGGAUAACAGAUUCUGAAACAUCCCACGGGCGGAUUUACCCGGCCGCCCUGUGGCUGCGGUGGCGGCGGAGGCGGCGGCAGCGCUCGCCCAGCCCCGGACCGAGCGUCCCCCAGUCAUGUCGCCUAAUCCAAGGACGCCGGGUCACUGAAGAGCCAUGGGCGAGCGGUCCAUUCCGGCUGGCCGGCGGACCCAGCUCAUCUCCUUGCUGGUGCUGGAACAAUGCGCCCAGGAGGUCACCUUAGACCGGGAGUUGGGGCUCUUGGCGUGGCGGAGCUUGGAGCCACAGUCGCCCAGGGGGCCAGAGAGCUCUGCUGUGCCCAUUUCUGAGAUCAUUGCUGUUGAGGAGAAAGAAAGGGAAACGAAACAAUCUCGUCCUGGAAAAUGGCAGAAAAUGUCAAAGCCUCAUGCAUUCACCGUGUAUUACAUAAAGAGGGCACGGCAUCACCGCUGGCGGUGCAGCGAAGUGACUUUCUGGUGCAUUGACGAACAUCUGUGUAAUCAAUGGAUAUGUACACUGAAAGAACUACUUGAUUUACAGACCUCCAGACCAAAGCACUUGCUUGUAUAUAUUAAUCCAUACAGUGGGAAAUCACAAGGAGAAAAAAUAUACCAACAAAAAGUGGCUCCGUUGUUUAGUCUCGCUUCCAUCUCUACUGAUGUUAUAGUCACCAAACAUGCCAAUCAUGCUAAGGAUAACUUACUUGAAAUUCCUCUAGAGAAAUACGAUGGUGUUGUUUGUGUUGGUGGGGACGGAAUGUUCAGUGAAGUGAUGCAUGGUCUAAUUGGAAGAUCUCAGAAGGAUUCGGGCAUAGAUCAAAAUAAUCCCAAAGCACAAUUAGUCCAAUGCUGUCUCAGGAUUGGCAUAAUUCCUGCUGGUUCGACUGAUUGCAUAUGCUAUGCAACAGUUGGCAUCAAUGAUCCAGUAACAUCUGCAUUACAUAUCAUUGUGGGAGAUAAUCAACCUCUGGAUGUUUGUUCAGCACAUCGCCAUAAUACAUUUCUGAAAUACUGUGUAUCACUCCUGGGAUAUGGCUUUUAUGGAGAUGUAUUGAAAGACAGUGAACAGAAACGCUGGAUGGGCCCUGCCAGAUAUGACAUCUCAGGUUUCAAGACUUUCGUCUCCCAUCAUUACUAUGAGGGAACCGUGUCUCUACUACCAGCAGCCCAUGCGGUGGGUUCUCCAAGAGAUAAGAAACCCUGCAGAACCGGGUGCCGGGUUUGCAAGCAAAGUAAACUCCAGCUGGAGAAAGAUCAGAAGAAGACAGAAAAGGAGAUUAAAAGGGAUGAGGAAGGAGAAUGGAAGGUUAUUAGAGGGAAGUUUCUAGCCAUCAAUGCUGUGAACAUUAGCUGUGCCUGCCCACGCAGCCCUAAAGGCCUUUCACCAGCUGCUCACCUGGCAGAUGGCUCGGCAGACCUCAUUCUAGUCCGUAAAUGUUCCCGGUUAAACUUUCUAAGAUACCUCUUAAGGCAUACAAACCAGCAUGAUCAGUUUGAUUUCAGCUUUGUAGAGGUUUAUCGGAUUAAAAAGUUUCGUUUCACAUCAAAGCAUUUUGAUGAUGGUGACAAUGAUGACCAGGGUACGCGGAAAAAACACUUUGGACAAUUCUGUAGAGACCACCCAGCUUGCUGCUGUCUUUCCCCCAGCAGUACCUGGAACUGUGAUGGAGAGACUCUGGAUUGUUCAACUAUUGAAGUCAAAGUUCACUGCCAAUUAAUUAAACUCUUUGCAAGAGGAAUAGAAAAGAACCACAAACCUGAAUCACCUUACAAGCAACUUACCUGAGCAAUUAAUUGAAGUCAACAUUGCAAGAACAUGAAGGAAAAAAGGCAACACACAGACAAGCAUUUCUCGCAUGUUAAUAAAUGUUUUUAAAUUUUAUUUUUCUGGUCAAAUUUUAAUUCUGGAUAGAUUUUUUUUUCAGUUAAUGUUUUCAAAGACAGUGGAUUAUUUUAAAUUACUUUGUUCUAGGGCAGUUAAGAAGAUUUUUGGCUUAUAUUUCCUUUCUUUUGUUAUUAAUAGAUUCUGUUUUCUUGCUCUGUUUCUAAACUGGAUGCUCCUUCUCUUAGGUCAAGAUGAAAAAUCAGAUUAUUAUUAGUAUGGUCCGUCACACAGUUAGCCAGAUGUUCAGACUGGAUUUGCAAUUUUUGUCCACCUAUCUAUUCCUUCCCAAGGGCCUAGGAUAGGCAGAUGUAGAUGUUUGAUGGUGUUAGAGCAGUGUUUCUCAACCUUGGCAACUUGAAGAUGUCCGGAUGCUGGCUGGGGAAUUCUGGGAGUUGAAGUCCGGACAUCUUCAAGUUGCCAAGGUUGAGAAACACUGUGUUAGAGCAAUUGUCGCACUUUAUAAGUUGUUCUGAGCAAAGCUGCCUUUUGCAAUUGACUAUUGUCUGUUCACAACAGCUCUUUAGUUGAUGCUUCCCUUCAUUCGUAUUGAGUUCUUCCGCUGCUUAUUAUUAUUUAUGCUUAGAAAUGUAGAGCUAGAGCAUGGCUGUGAAACUCACGCCCUGCGGGCCAGAUGCGUCAUGCGCUGGCCAUGCCCGGUUUAGUGAAGGGCGGGGAAAACUCUUGCUAAGUCACGUGAUGCCGCCGUGACAUCAUGAUUUUGACACUCCUGAGCUAGAGGCACAGUUCUCUUCAUCUCCUUCCAGUAAAGUAUCAAGAAUGGAUUGGUGAAAGAGAAAUGGAAAAAUGUACAAUUCUCUUGCUCAAUUGCCUACAUGAAGGUUCAUCCAUUCAUGUGCGUAGAAUUCUUUGACAGUUAUGGCUAAUAGAUGAAUGGCAAGUUGUUAAAGGCAAGCCUGCAGGUUUGGUACAAAUUUUGCCUUUGAUGUCAAGAGAGGGGAUUAUUAUCUAUGUUUGCCACUUCGAGUUACUUAUAAAGUAAUAAAGGUGGCAUUUUUAAAAAAUCAAAAAUAUAUGGUUUUGAAUUUUUGGAUUAUAAUGCAAAUAAUGAGCAUAGAGGCUGAUGAAACUUUUUAUUCUUUUAAGGCAAUUUUGAAUAUGAUCGUAUCCUAUCAUUAAUCUUGUUUUCUCCUGAAAUGACCAUAUACUCAUUCAUUGCUCGAGCUAGUUUGCAUGAGCAACCUCAGCACACUCCAAAUGCACAUUC